AUGUCAAAAAUAUUAAUACUCAAGGUGUUUCCUCAAAAAUGUUGGUUAAGAAAAAUUGUUUGGCAAUAUAUUCCUUUCGCAAAAUACAGUGAUAGCUGUGGUGGUGAUAGCAAAGAGCCUCCGAAAGACCAAAGCUCCAGUCCAGGUGCAUCGUCUCCUUCAAUCUAUGAUACGCGAAAAUAUGGACACAAAUUGCCUCGCGACUCCGUAAGACCCACCUUUGAGCCAUUAUCUGGAGUACCAACUGGAGUAUUUAGAUGCACAGAUGGAGAGGUUUGUACUAUUAGCAACUGUACAAACCAUGAUAAUAUGUUGUAUUUUGUAAAAGGUCAAAAUGAAAUGUGA